CACUGCAGCCGCUGGUUGGUUUAUUUGCAUACUGAGAGGUCUGUGUUGUUAUUGAGGGAGAAGUUGUGAGGGCGCAGUUGCGACAGCUAUUACAAGGGCAGUCAGCUGAGCUGAUCUUUCUUGCUGCUGGUGGAAAGAUGUCGGAGAGCUCAAGCGACUCAGAGUCUUCUUGUGGAUGGACGCUCAUAAGCAAUGAGGGUUCAGACAUUGAGACCCUGGGGUCGGAGAACGGGACGGAUGGCGGGCCUGACCCAACCGAAAGCCUCCCUAUGCUGGAGGAGGAGGUGAAGCAGAACGAGCCAACGGCUCCCUGCGCUGGCACCGAAGAGAGGGCUGAGUCAUGUCUCAUUACCACCAUAAAAGAGGAAACGGUUGAAGAGACGUUACCGGUUUCUGAGGCUGGUGAGGAGGAUGGUGCAGAGGGGAACGUCCCAGUGUGCUCCUCCAGCGAUCACUCGGACAUUGUGACCCUGGACCCGUCCAGGGUGGCAGAGUUGGGGCCCUGGGAGGAGCAGGCGGUCCUGGCGGAGGAGUCGCUGGGCAAUGAGGAACUCUACUUGGGAACCUCUUCCAGCAGCCAGUACACCUUCAGCACUCCUGAGAAGACCUCAGAUUUGAUGAUGAGCCAUUGGAAGCUUCCGGAAAGUUUCAGGGACUUGGGCAAUCGUCUGAAAGGGCAUCUGUCUGGCAGCUGCUCCUUCCCAGUGUUCCCAGUGGAGCCCCCUGCAGGCGGCACUAGCAGCACCAGCAGCAGUGAUGAUGAGAUGGGGGAGCAGCCCAGCCAGGCCUUGAGGAGGCGACGGGUAAGGAGGAGCACAGCUACAGCACCUGAGGUCGAGGAGGUGCAGUGUGUGGGACAAGGUGAGGAGCAACAGGAGCAACAGGAGCAACAGGAGCAACAGGAGCCGCAGCAGGCACGUGGAGCCCCUACCCAGGGGCAUGUGAAUGGUACCCUCAACAAGUGCAUCCUGCUGGCCCUGGUCAUCGCCAUUAGCAUGGGCUUCGGCCACUUUUAUGGAAAAUUUGAAGGUACAGUUCAGAUUAAGGAGAGGCAGAAAAUAGUGGAGAAAAUCCGUGUGAGCGAGCUGAGUGAUUUGAGAGGCGACAAGCACCAGUGUCAGAAGGAACAGGAUCUGAUCGCCGAGAGCAAGGAAGUGGUUCAGCAUCUGAGAGGGGACCUAGAGGAAAAGCGUGGUAUGGUGCUGUCCUUCACUGGGAUUGUGGAUAAAAUAACUAAAGAGAACGAGCAACUCAGAUUCAAACAGGCUGAGCUUCAGGCACAGAAAGAUGACCUGACUUUACGCCUGAAAGAGAGCAUGGAUCAGAAGAGUGAGGUGGAGUCUCAACGGAAGCGCCUGGUCAUGGAGAACCAGCAACUGAAGAGCUCGCUGGAUCACGAGGAGGAGUCCCUCUCCACCCUGCAGGAGGAGCUGUGGAACUUGCGGGCGCAGAUCCGGAACCUGGAGGAGAGAGGCACCGGCGCAGAUUCCAUCCUGUCUGAGAACCAGAGGCUGAAGGACCACCUGGAGGAGGAGAAGCAGCGGAUCCGGAGCUUCCUCCAGCAAAAGAAGACGCUGAUGGCCGAGGCCCAGAUGCUGCGGAGGGAGCUGGACAAAGAGCGCAAGGUGACGGAUAAGCUGAAGGAGGAGCUGGAGCAGCUGAGCAUCCGGAGCGCUGGAGCGAUGGGAGAGGCUGACCCGGAGACGGAGGAGCUGCAGUUGAGGCUGACAGAGCUGGAGAAGAAGCUGAAUUUCGAGCAACAGCGCUCAGACCUGUGGGAGAGGCUGUAUGUGGAGACUAAGGAGGAGCGGUUGAAAGGAGACCAGCAGGCCAGAGACAAAAUCCCCAAGGACAGCAUGAUUGGCAAGGUCACUGAGACCUUUGACGCCGUGAAGAAUUCCACCAAGGAGUUUGUUUAUCACCACAAGGAGCAAAUCAAAAAGGCCAAGGAGGCCGUGAAGGAGAACUUGAGGAAGUUCUCAGACUCUGUCAAAUCCACCUUCCGCCACUUCAAGGACUCAGCCAGCCGCACAUUGGACAAGGCUCGUCGGCCUCAAGAUCUACAGUUUCAAGAGAUGAAGGUGGCCAAGGCCGAAGCUCAACAUCACGAGCACCAAAAGGAACAAGAACCCCAGGACGUGGGCUCUGAUGGCCCAGCCUGGCAGCACAAGCCCCUUCAUCAAAGCGCACAUAAAUCCACCACUGAGAGUUUGCAGACUGACCGUAACACUCGGAAGCCAGGGGUCAAAGUUCAGGAGGAGCCAGAGCAAGGAAAACACAGGGGUAUGCAUAAGGGAUGCUCCAGUGUUUUUGACUGCGCUUACCAAGAGUCCAUGAGCCUCUUCAACAAGGCCCUGGACCCCAUACGAAUGGAUGAGUUCAACCAGCUGAUGCAUAGCUACCUAAAGCAAGAAGUAAACCACUUCCACCACUGGAGGGAGCUGGAGAGCUUUAUCAACAACUUCUUCCGCAAUGGUAUCUUCAUCCAUGAUCAGAUGCUAUUUACAGACUUUGUUAGUGGUGUGGAAGACUACCUGGAAGAUAUGAAUGAGUACCAGAGCCAUGAUGAUGAUGUGUUUGAGGAUCUGGACGAGUAUGUAUAUAGACACUUCUUUGGGGAUACCUAUGCAAAACGCUAUGGGCCAAGUAAACCUUUGCAAAAGCCCACUUCAAAAAGUAAAGAGGACAGCCUGUUGGGCCACCAGCGAAAGCACCAGCGGGCUCAUUCUCGCCCCAACAGGGAGAAGAAAUGGAGCAGGCCAGGACACACAAAUCGGAGGCACAUUGCAAAUGUCAAAAUAGAGCUGGGCCCAUUGCCUUUUGAUCCAAAAUAUUAACAAAAUCUUAGCUCAAUAGUCUUUUUAUGAUGGCUUUAAUUCAAGUGAUUAUCUAGGCUGCCGUUCACAUUUUCGAUGGGUUUGACAAAUUUUGUUUCUCUUUUGUGGUUUUUGCACAAUGUUUUGUUUUAAAAUACAUUUUAAAAAUUAAAUUGCUAAUGCUGACUGAAUGGAUUCUUGUGUCAAAUUGUGCAACUGAUCAUGAUUAGGUCAGCUUGGCACUUCAGAUACGUAUUUCUUAUUCAGUCAUGUAUUCAAAAAUGAAAUAUGAUGCAAUAUUGUUCUCUAAAUUAUUGAUGAAAAUUGUAAUGUAUUUUCAUUUGCCUUGUGGGAAAUAGUUGUGAAGUCUAUGUCAAAGAAAAGUUUUAUUUUGUUGUUGAGAUUAGUUACUACUUGUUGGUUUUGCAUUUUUUCCAAGGGUUUUUUUUGGCUGACAGCGCAAUCGACUAACAUCUCUCUGUUAAAUUGUAGUUUUACUGCAACGCAUUGAACUGGGCAGUUUUUUUUUUUUACUGUGUAAAUGCAUUCUGCCAGGAAACAAACAUUUCAAUUUACAGUAACAUAAACUGUGUCAGUGUCAUUAGGCCACCAUACCCAAAUAUUAAUUAGAAUAUACAACCUGGUACCACAGAAUAUGUACAGAGGACCAAAAGGUUUGUCUAAUUCUGUUUUUUUUUUUUAAAUGGGAGAUGCAACAAGUUAACAUUAAUUUUAACUGAUGAAUAAUUAAAUGUAUAACUCAUGUAUACUUGUACCAUUACACAAGAGGUUAAUUUUACUAAAUGUUGUGUGUUAUAAUGGUGUGUUGCUACUGCAGUUGAACAUUAAGCAGUUCUGUUUAUGGAAUUGCAAUGGGCUAAGGGUAUAAUAAUUUACUUCCCGAGUGAUAAUGUUUGGUCAUGCUAUCAUUACUUUUCCUGUAACAUUCCAACUGUAGUUUGUCUUCCUGAAGCAGAGAUACAUUGUUUUGCAGUUAGGCUGCUGGAAGAGUGCAACUGAGAGUAGUUCUCUAAUAAAAAGAUGAGUUUCUCUGG